AUGGAUGGGCAGUGGGAUGUAAUAGUGUCUUCUCUACAAGAUAUAUUCAAUAUUCAUGAUGCAUCAGCUUUUGAGGAUGACGUCAAUGCUAAGCGUGUAAACUUCAAUAACAUGACCUUAGAGCAGUUACAAGAGCAGCUAUUAAGGUUUCAAGAGCAUAGAGAUAAUGUGCUCAAUGGGAGGCGGCUGAUUGGAACUAUGCAGGAGAACUUGGAUACUGUAAUAAAGCUUUUUUCAGCGAAUCAUGAAGCUUCCGGGUCACAAAAUUCCAUGGAAUCAGUGCGAGUUGGUAGGUCAUAUUGGACAAGUAACUUAAAUCCCAAUGAGCCGAUUUACGUCGGUUCGGAGGUGGCCUAUAAGCCUAAGCGCACGGGAGCCGAAGCUGAAUGGUUCCAGUGCGAGGUGACUAAAAUUUCAGCUGAUGGAACGAAGUUCGAAGUCAGGGACCCGGAGCCGGAUGAAUUUGGCCAGCCUGGAGGAGUAUUCAAGUGUAAUUGGAAGGAAAUCCUACUGAUCCCGCCCAGCAACUCCACUAGACAACAGAUACCUAACUAUCCCAGCAGUACCAAAGUCCUGGCUCGAUAUCCGGAGACGACCACCUUUUAUCCUGCCAUGGUUAUAGGAAACAAACGAGAUGGUACCUGUCGACUACGAUUUGACGGUGAAGAAGAAGUCGAUAAAGAGACUGAAGUCGACAGACGUUACGUGCUUCCGUUCCCAGCCGCACGUAGGCCCUGA